UGGAAAGUGCCCUAGCUGGCCAGCUGGCCUGAGAAAAGAAUGAAAGAUAAAUAAACAAAUAAUAGUGCAUUAUUAUUAAAUGCAUUAUAAUUUUACAAACUACUUGAAUUCUCAUUAAACAAUAGAAAAAAAAUAUUUAUAAACAAUAAUAAAUAAUUAUAGCUAUUCUUAAAAUGGACAACAAGCAACAGUAUUCCUACUCUGAAAAUCUUCAGCCGCAAUUUCCACUGUUACCACCAGGAACGUUUUCCCCAAACGCAAAUGGGGCGUUUAACGACUUAUACACGACGUUAGUGCCUCAAAAUACAGUUGAAAGACCUCAAAAUAAACCUCUAGAAGUCCCGUGCAUGUUUGCCGAAUUACCUGCAUGGGACAAUAUAAAGGUAACUGAAAAAAAUGAUCUUGUUGAGAUUAGUAACAAGGAUUUGAGCCCCAUUAACUACUACAGCAAUAAUAUUGAACCAAUAAUUGAUGUACAAUAUAAUAGAAUUGAAGGAGCUCAGUGGGCUAACAAUUUUACCAGUAACUAUUCUUCUUGUGCACAAGUUGGUAAAUCAUAUACUGGGGCUUCUAAAUCCAAUUAUUCUACUUCAGUGGAUAAAGAAACCUAUAAAAGUUGUGCCUAUUACAAUACUAAUGCUUAUUACAUGCCAGGCAAGCAAACAGAUGGAUUUUUGAAUCAUUAUAACAACUUUAAUGGCCAUUAUGAUCAGAAAUAUUUAGAGGAAAAUAAUUGUUUUAGUCAAAAUUCUGCAUUAUAUGGGGCGGGAUUAUCACAGACUUUAACAAAUAAUUAUAACUAUUUACCAAACUUGGACCAAACCACUGAAGCUUCCAACGACGAGAGUGAUAUAAUAGUUGAAGAUUCUAGUUCAGAGUGUAGUGGUGAUGAACAGCAAUUCUACAAUAAAACAAAAUGUUUAGUUUGUAGCACUCAGUAUACUCAGCUGGGCCUGCAAUUUUAUGUACUCACUUCAAAAAACCCUUUAACAAUGUCUAGCCAAAUGCCAGUCAAAAACAAAAUUUCUGAAUUUAUUAAAAACAAUAUUUUUUCUUGUUCUGAUAAAAACUAUCUCUGCAACGAUUGUUUGGGAUUAGUUAAUACAAUUGAUCAUUUGCAAUUGAAAUUGAAUAAUUUAAUCAAUGAUUUAUUGAACAAAUUUAAUAGUUGCUCAUUAAGAAAUACAAUUAAAAAGAAAAAGAAAAUACAAUUUAUAAAAUAUAAAUGCAAAAAGUGCAAUAAGUUCUUAUGUGUGAAAAAUUAUUUAAAAAAACACAUAAAAAAACACAAAAUAACUUAUUAUUUGUGUGAAUCUUGUGGCUUGAAAAUUUCUUCUUUGAAAAAAUUUAAAACUCAUUUAAAAAUGCACAGAAAACCUGCCUUACUGAAAGCAUUUGUAUGUUCUUGCAAAAAAACUUUCAGCACAAAAUUUCACCUAACUGAACAUAGGAAUUUUUGCCUAGGCUUGUUACCAUUUAAAUGUAAAGCUCCUCAUUGCAAUAAAAAAUUUGCUUCCUCAACAAAACUCAAAAGUCAUACAAAACUGAAACACGAUAAAAAAUUUGUAGCAAUUUGCAGCAUAUGCAAUAUAGGAUUUGUUAAAAUUUCAAAUUACAAGAGCCACAUGAUCAGUCAUAGUACAGACAAGAAAUUCUCUUGUAAUAAAUGUGAGAAAUCGUAUAAAACACUUAGUAACUUAAAUUUUCAUUUGAAAAGCCACAAAAAUGCUUUACCUUACUUUUGCUCCAUAUGUAAUAAAGGUUUUAUGAGGAAAGAAUAUCACGAAGCUCACAUGAACAAUCAUAAGGGCAUUAAAAACUUUAAUUGUUCCUUGUGUGAUAAAAAGUUUGUGUCGCAGAAGAAUUUAGAUGCUCACCUAAAAUAUCACGAAGGUACAACUAAAACUAAUACAUGUAAUAUCUGUAGGAAGAUUUUUACAAGUAAUUUCGAGGAGCACCUACGGGUCCAUUUGAAUUUGAAGGAGUUUGAGUGUACUGAGUGUGAUAUGAAGUUUAAUACAAAAAAUACAUUAAGUAAACAUAGAAAGCGAAAGCAUAAACAGAAUGUGAAUAAUGUGAUCAAUAAAGUAUCAGAAACUUAAUUUAACUUGAAGUUUUAUUGAAAUCGAGUUGAACCUAAAUUUUGAGAUUUUUUUCAGUGUGAACUAUAUUGAGUGGUGCGACGACGUUACAUUCAGGCGAUAACUUUAGAGCCUUCAUCUUCUAUCUUCUAUAUAUAUAAAAAUCAAAGUUCGCGGGGUAUCCGGAUAUGGGCUCCAAAACCACUUAUCCGAUUACGAUGAAACUUUG